UUAGCAAGCAAAUUGGUGAAAGUACAUGAAACCAAAAGAGUACUAGGAAGUUGAUUAAUGUUGUCACCGAUUGUUGGAAAAACUGCAAGUGAUAUUUGGAAAUCAGUCUCUCAACGCACAUCCACACUCAUAAAUACGCGACAAAAACAGUCUUCAGAUUUCUUAACUGCUGCAUAGUAUCUUUGUGAUUCAGAUAUUCAUACCCAUAGAUAUUAAAUACAGAUACAGAUAUUUAUUUAUACCCCCCUCCCCUUAGACAAAAUUUAAACUUUGUUGCUAUGGCGGCCAAAGGGUAUUGUUAUUCAGGCCUCGUCAUGUUGACGAUUCUGAUGAUUAUGGCUUCAUGGGCUUCUAGUGUUCAUUCUUAUCACAGGCCUCCUGCCCGCAACUCUGUCUUUCUUUCCGUUCCUCAAGACUCUGAUCCCUCUUCUCCCCAACAGGUGCACAUAUCUCUGGUGGGAAAUGAUAAGAUGAGGAUAUCAUGGAUCACAGAUGACCUUGUAGAAUCCACUGUAGAAUACGGUACCUCUGCAGGAUUUAAAGCUGGGACUUCAGCAACCGGGACUUAUUCUACUUACAAAUAUGCAGUCUAUACGUCCGGCUAUAUUUACGAUGUUAUCAUCGGCCCGUUGAAGCCUAGCACGACGUACUUCUAUCGCUGUGGUGGCUCCUCUCAGGAAUUUAAUUUUGAAACUCCUCCGCCUCAAUUUCCAAUCAAAUUUGCAGUAGUUGGAGACCUUGGACAAACUGAAUGGACUCAAUCAACACUUGACCACGUAUCGAAAUCCAAUUAUGAUGUGUUGAUUCUUCCAGGGGACUUGUCGUACGCGGAUUUUGAUCAGCCUAAAUGGGACUCUUUUGGUCGCCUAGUCGAGCCAUUGGCAAGCCAACGUCCGUGGAUGGUGACACAAGGGAACCACGAUGUGGAAAAGAUGCCAGUUAUUCACAAUACGCCCUUUACGGCUUACAAUGCGAGAUGGAAAAUGCCAUAUGCACAGAGUGGUUCAGAUUCCAACUUAUACUAUUCUUUUGAAGUUACUGGAGUUCAUGUCGUUAUGCUGGGCUCUUAUACUGAUUUUAGCAGUGGCUCUGAUCAGUACCAGUGGCUACAGGCUGAUUUGAAAAAAGUCGAUAGGACACGAACACCGUGGCUAUUUGUGAUCAUUCAUGCGCCCUGGUACAACUCCAAUACUGCUCAUCAAGGAGAGAGUGAAUCAGUUGACAUGAAAGCAUCCAUGGAAGAUUUGAUAUUUGGAGCACACGCAGAUAUUGUAUUUGCAGGCCAUGUCCAUGCCUACGAGCGCUUUACGCGAGUAUACAAAGAUCAAGCCAACAAUUGUGGUCCGGUGUAUAUCAACAUUGGGGAUGGUGGCAACCGUGAAGGCUUAGCCAGCAAGUACCAGUAUCCGCAACCAAGCAUAUCACUGUUUAGGGAGGCUAGCUUCGGACACGGUGAAUUGGAGGUGGUCAAUUCGACACAUACACAAUGGACCUGGCAUAGGAAUGAUGACGAUGAAGCUGUUGUGUCUGAUCAAGUAUGGCUGCAGAGCCUUGCAGCUAACACUGGUUGUUCGGCUUAGGUCCAAAUUAGCUUCAUGUUAGCUCGUUUGAUAGAGGAAUUCGCUUACUUUGUCAAUCUAGACUCUGCAGUGUGUAAAAUGACCAUUUAUAUGAUAUCCAAGUUUAGUAUGCAGCUACAA